UUCGUUUUCGUCUUCUUGUUCUUGUUUUUUGUUGUUGAUUUGGUUGAUUGAUCAUCAUGGCCAUGGUUUUAUCUAAGCCCUUGAACCCGAAAGCCCAAUCUUGGUAUCCCAAUCCCCUUUACCUUGCGCGCCAUGUCUUUCAGAAACCACCGCCGGAGCUAUUACCCCCGCCGGCACACUGGCUUCCACCACCAUCGCACUACAUGUAUUUCAACUUCUUGCCGACCUACCAUCACCCAAUAAGUUGGUACAAUCUACGGUCUCAGCCACAACCCUUUUCCGCGCAGCCACCACCGUCCUCUCCUCCCACCGCCACCGCCUCAUGCGGUUUUGGGGAAACCGGGGGCAAAUUCAUGCGGGAAAAGAAGAGGCUUGACAGAGGGCGUCCUGGUUUGAGCUAUAGAGGCAGGGUUUGUAGAUAUGGUACUAGUCGUCCUGUUUGGAUGCCUAAAGAAAGCAAGUCAGGUAAGGAUGUUGAUGCUUGUGUCUAUUCGUCUCCUCAUCGUCGUCGUCCACCACCGCCACCACCACCACCACCAUCUUCAGACGAUGUUUCACUCUCUGGGAGGACGACCGUCAUGAUUAAGAACAUACCUUACCAGUACAGGAGGGGAGACAAUUUGGGAUAUGCAUUUGUGAACUUCACAACUGCCAUGGCUGCAACAAAAGUUCAAGGGUUGCUCCAAAACCAUAAGUGGGCUAUCUUUGAAGAUAGCUUCGGCGUUGUUCGACAAUCUAAUAAAAUCUGUGAAAUCAGUUGGGCCCGAAUUCAAGAUCUGGUGAAACAUUUUAGAAACUCGAAUUUCGUUUGCUCAAACUUGGAGUAUUUGCCGGUAGUUCUAUCGCCGCCUCGUGAUGGUACGGCCUCCUUGACUUCGCCGACUACCAUUGGGAGAUGUUUGGAAACAGUCAAUAGAAGGCCCUUGAAGAACUGAACCACCCCGUCGCCUCUUCGUCUCUCUCUCUCUCUCUCUCCCUAUGUAUGGGGAUGUGUGUCUGAGAUGGGGUUGUUGGUUGGAUGUUGUACAUGAUAUGAUUAGUAGUAGUAUAAUAAUUGGAUGAAUGUAGUGUAGGGUAGGUUAAAAUAGUAGGUGUAUGGAGGAGGAGGCUAAUAUGCGCUCAUGUGGAGUAUAUUGAUGAUGAUGAUGUGAUGACCCGUGUUUUCAUUCUCUCCCCGGGUGGGUAUGGCGCAUAGGCAUGGUGGUGAUGGUGGUGUUGUCAAAAUCUCUGGGGUGAAGUGGAAACAUGGGUUUAAUGGUUAGGUUUAGGGUUUGAGUUUUUCAG